UGUCAUCUCUGAUUCAGCAGCCAUGGUCCAAAAACGGGCCUGUGAUGCCUGUCACAAGAGAAAGAUCCAAUGCGAUUCAACAAGUCCAAAGACACCCUGCAACUGGUGUGAGCAUCACGGCCUAGAUUGUACAUUUAACCGAGUGAGGGGGCGUAAACGCCCACCCAAGCCUAGAGCUAAGCAGACAUCGGAGCAUAGUCUUGCAGAACGCCUGAGACGUAUAGAAGAUACUCUCUCUAAGACUAUCUCUCGUCAGAACGAGGCUGAAAGCAGUACAUCCAAGUCGUUAACUCCAAGUUCAGUAGCCACAGGCCGCCGUAGGAACACGCAUAUUUCCCUCAGGGAACCUGUCAAGGAUCCUCUCACAGGAUCCAACAGGCCUUCUUCAUCCUUUCUUAGGAGCUCCGAUACCAGCUUUGACUCGCCAGUAUUAUCCCACGAAUCACCUUUCAUAUCUCAAAUCCCAUCCCCCGCCGGUGGCUUCACUACUACCGUCUCAUACGGUCAAAUUCAUUAUGGUGGCUGCCACUUUGGUCAGCUUAGCCAGCACAAUGGAAUGCCCUUACUCUCAGAAGAAGGAAAGCAAUGGAUCACUUCAAAGACUGAUGAAGAGGUCUUAUUCGAGCCAGGCUCUCAACACUUUUCUAACCCUGCUCCAUCCUCUGCAGCUCACUGUUACAAUAACCCAGAAGGCUUGUAUGCACUUCCUGACAGGGAUAUAGUUGAGACUCUUUUUGAUAUGUUUGUCAACUCAUCCUUCACCUUGGUCUUCCCGAUCGUCGAUCGAAUUCUUUUCAAAGACACAAUCGAGUUAGCAUACCAGCCACAUACUGGUGAAACUACCUCCCUUGAGCAACUGAGUGCCAAGGUAUGCGUUCUUGCUUUUGCAUCCAUCAUGUCCCUAUUUCAAGGAUCUUUGGCCCAGUUGCCAUAUAUAGAUACCGACUUGUGUGCCACAAAGGCACGAUAUCUACUUACAGACGUUCUUGAGGUUGCAAGCAUCACCAACCUUCAAGUCACUUUCAUGCUAAACAUGCAUGAAAUUUUCUCCGGACGAUUACGAUCAGCUGCCAUGUUCCAUGCCAUCGCAUGCCGCAUGAUCUAUACACUCGGUGGCCAUACAAACAUGUCUGUCAAAUCUCGCAAGUCUCCAAUCAAUCGUUCUGAAAGAGAACGUCGUCAACUACGAAUGCUUUUCUGGCUUUGUUAUAUCUUCGACAAAGAUAUUUCUCUACGAACGGGUCAACCUCCUUUGAUGUCUGAUGACUACUGCGACCUUACACUUCCGGAUGGCUAUCUAGACUGCUAUAACUAUCUUCCCAAUCUAUCCGAGAGUCUCUCCCCCAUAGCCUCUGGCAACCAGGGUCUUACGCCUCACCUUCCAGGAGACCCUCGCAUAAGUCAUAUUAAAGAACGAACUAAUCGGCUACUAUACUCGGCUCAAGCAGCCAAAAAGACUCACGCUCAACUACUCCAAAAUAUUCGAGAGCUUGAUGAAGAACUUGAGGAUUGGAGGGUAUCCAUUCCCCCUGAUUUCCGUCCUGCCCUUUCAAUAUCCGAUGGGUCCCAGGUGGCUGUUACAGGGAUGCAUCUACCACGUAGCAUGCGGCACAUCACUCUACAUCUCGAAUAUCAUCACCUGAUGACUACAAUCCAUCGUGCUAGUGGAAGAUGUAUGGAGCCUGAGUCUGAGAAUUCUCCCGAUCGAGGGGAAUGGGCAGCAGGCGUCGAUUCGAGCAUGGCUCUUGCGUUGGAAGCCAGUCGUUCUACCCUUAUUUAUUUAAAAGCAGCCAUGUGUGGACUUGCUGGUGAAGCAUUCUGGAUAAUUGUCUUUUACCCCACGGCCGCCAUGAUCACUUUGUUCUUCAACCUCCUCAUGCAUCCGCUAGAUGAACGGGCAGAACAAGAUCUCGAACUUCUAAAAUCAGCCGCGGAUCUCGUCAAUAGCCUUCCAGUUCAGCGUCUGACUCCUCAUGAGGCGUCAUAUAUGAAGGAUGUCAACGACUUUGUCUUGGAGCUGGUUCGGCUAGGACGGGCUGCAAUUGCCAAGGCAACGAAGGAACAGGACGAAAGACUUGACAUACAGAUGAUGAGCAUUCACUAGGAAGAUGGUCUCGAUAUGUUGUCUGAUUUUGUGAUUGAUAGGUUAAGGGGCGUGUAGCAAAGGGAUACUAUUGUGAAUUAUAUAGACGGUUACUUAAUGGGAUAGAAAGCAGCUACGGAUCGAUAUUGAUUUAUGAUAUACAAACUGAACGAUGGAUUCAAUGCUGCAUAUGGUUGCUUGGCAUGGAUAUGGGGUAUGAGGGCGUAUUGAUUAGAGUUUGAUUCUCCGUGAUGCUUUUAGGUGUCGUUUUUCAAAGUUUGCGGGGAAAAUAAGGAAAAUACAUUUCUGACCUUCAAAUUUCCGAGUCUUCCGGAGAAGUAUAGUGCGGGUUUAACGGAGGUAUCUGGGGUUGGUUGCAUUGAAGUUUGAUCACGGGGAAAAGAGAGACAGAAAAAGCAAGUUGGUGUACCAGUACCUAAUCACAGAUCUGGUUUUA